CAUUUUGAACAUCUGGACGCCUGCUAAAUAAAUCAGAAACAGCGAAUAACACAGCUCCAGAUGAGUGUUCCUGCCUCGGCUCAGAAGGACAAUAGUGACAUGCAGGCUGCGGUAGCUCCCUCCUCCUUCAUCCCCGCUCCGACCGGCAAGAUCCCAGGACGAAAGAGAGGAAGACCCCCCCUCCUCCGGAAUCUGGUUAAGAUGGACUUCGCAAACCGCUACCCCGACUCCCUGCCCCCGAUCAAAGUGCCCAAGAAGAGGGGACGCAAGCCUGGGUUCAAGCUGAAGCCGAGGAUGGUGAUGACUCCUUUGGCGAUCUCUCCUCCAAGCAGCACUCCAGAGCCGGACAUGAGCUCCAUCCCCCAGGACGCUGCCACUGUCCCCCACUCUGCUACGCCGCAGGUCCUCACAGUUUGCAUCUACAUCAAUAAACAGGCCAACACUGGGCCAAACCUGGACCGCAAGAAGAUCCGCCUGCUCCCGGAGCACUUUGGCCCGGAUCGGCCCUCUGUGGUCCUGCAGCAGGCCGUACAGGGCUGCAUCGACAGCGCCUUCCAACAGAAGAACGUCUUCACCCUCCUCACACAGGGCUACGGAGGAGAAAAGAUAUCAGCAACGUUCGAUGGGAAACAGCACCUGCUCAGCCUCCCUGUGGUCAACAGCAUCGACUACGUGCUGCGCUUCCUCAAGAAACUCUGCCGGAGCCUGCACUGUGAAAACCUGUUCAGUGACACGCCCAUCGGUCAGCACAGUGGCGCCGCAUACUCAGACGGUACUCUGCUAUUAGCAGAGGAGCCUCUUCAGGAGGAGUACCGCUCAGAGCCUCCAGAGGGCAAGAGGUACUCUGUGGACCCAGGGGACUCGGCUUUCGGCUCCAUCGGCUCCUCAUUCUCCCCUAAACCGGCCUAUGGCUUCAGAUCACAGCAGUUUAAUAACAGCUCCAUCAGCACCUGCAGGCAGCCUGAGGGAAAUAGGAACGGAGUGUACAGCGGCACCUCUGAGCCUCAGGAGCCUCGGGCCCUGAGCCGUGAGCCGUCAUCCUGGAGCGUGGACGACGUGGUGUGGUUCAUCAGAGACGCCGACCCUCAGGCCCUUGGACCCCACGCAGAGCUCUUCAGGAAACACGAGAUCGAUGGAAAUGCCCUGCUUCUGUUGAAGAGUGACAUGAUCAUGAAGUACCUCGGUCUGAAACUGGGUCCAGCUCUGAAGCUCUGUUACCACAUUGACAAACUCAAACAAAGCAAAUUCUGA